AUGGAGCGAAACAUAGAUAUCUACGCUAGCAAACUCGGCGACGAGAAGCUGGACGUCAAAGUCCGAGCCAAUGUCGCUACCGAAUUACGAGACAGCAUUGAGCCCUUAUGCUCGGGCGCAAGCUACCCUAUAUUCCUAGCGAAGCUAUGGCCGGUAUUCAAAAAUAUUCUGAAGGGAGACCCGGUCUUCUUCAGCAUGUCUUACGACCAGAAACUACGAAACUGCAUCCUCGAGACACUACACCGAUUACCGAUGGGGUCCCCCGACGUGGAGCCGUACGCCGUCGAUAUGGUCGAUCUGUUGAUGGAACUUGCGCGGAUCGAGAACGAAGAUAAUGCGGUGCUAUGCAUGAAGACCAUCAUGGAUUUGGAGAGGAACCAAGCCAAGGUCACCGCACACCGAGUGCAGGCUUUCUUGGAGCUUAUCCAGGAAAUGUUUCAGACUAUGGAGCAAGUGGUUCGGGAUACCUUCGACACUCCCAACCAGGCCACGCCCUCCGGAAUGCCCUCGACGCCCAACGCAACAGCACAGAACUUCCAGUCUCCCCGACCGAGCUCACCUGCCACCUCGGUAUCAGAUUUAGGACCUGAUCAGCAGUCGAGUAAUGUCCUCCUCAAGGGUAUGCAGUCGUUCAAGGUCCUCGCAGAGUGCCCGAUUAUCGUCGUAUCAAUCUUCCAGACACACCGCGCAUCGGUGCCGGCCAACGUCAAGCUGUUUGUCCCGCUCAUCAAAACGAUUUUGUUGCUUCAGGCGAAGCCCCAAGAAAAGGCACACGCAGAAGCAGCAGCUCAAGGCACAAUCUUUACGGGUGUGUGUAAGGAAAUCAAGAAUCGCGCUGCAUUUGGAGAGUUCAUCACAGCUCAGGUGAAAACGAUGAGCUUCUUAGCGUAUCUAUUGCGUCUCUAUGCCCAUCAGCUACAGGACUUUCUUCCUACGCUUCCUUCUGUCGUCGUGCGUCUCCUUCAAGAUUGUCCACGAGAGAAGUCAGGUGCAAGGAAGGAGUUGCUAGUAGCCAUUCGUCACAUCAUCAAUUUCAACUAUCGCAAGAUCUUCCUUGAGAAGAUUGAUGAGCUUUUAGAUGAGCGGACUCUCAUCGGAGAUGGCCUCACUGUCUAUGAGACUAUGCGACCAUUAGCUUACAGCAUGUUGGCUGAUUUAAUACACCAUGUUCGUGACCAUCUGAGUCGCGACCAGAUACGGCGAACGGUCGAAGUCUACACAAAAAACCUCCACGACGAUUUCCCUGGCACCAGCUUCCAGACAAUGAGCGCAAAACUUCUCUUGAACAUGGCAGAGAAUAUCUCCAAACUAGAAGACAAGCGUGAGGCGAGAUAUUUCUUAAUAAUGAUUUUAGAUGCUAUUGGUGACAAGUUCGCAUCAAUGAACCACCAAUUCAAGAACGCUGUCAAGGUUUCCAAGGCGUACAAAGUCUUCCGACAGGACACCGAGCCGUGCGCCGAGAACUACCUUGCCGAGAAGGAUCAGCCACCGGACUGGGAUGAAAUUGAUAUCUUCUCGGCUUCUCCUAUCAAGACAUCUAGUCCGCGUGAUCGCGGAGGUGACCCAGUUUCGGACAACAUCUUCCUCUUCCGAAACUUGAUCAAUGGGUUAAAGAACAUCUUCCGACAAUUGAAGAAUUGCAACCCAGAUGAUAUUCAAAUCGACCCAAACAGCGUUCCCAUCAACUGGUCGGAAGUUUCGUACGGUUACAAUGCAGAGGAAGUUAGUGUGAUCAAGAAGCUCUUCCACGAGGGAGCUCGUGUGUUCCGAUACUAUGGGGUGGACCAGUCUCCCCCUGAGAUGAACUACGCAUCUCCAUUUGACUUCCUUGCAAGCCAGUACACUGCCCCAAUGUCGCGCGAAGAAAAGGAGCUUCUGGAAAGUUUCGGUACUGUUUUCCACUGCAUUGAUACUGCAACGUUCCACGAAGUCUUCCAUUCCGAAAUCCCAUACCUACAUGAGCUCAUGUUUGAACAUGGGGCUCUCCUUCACCUGCCCCAGUUCUUCUUGGCUAGCGAGGCCACUUCUCCCGCGUUUUCUGGUAUGGUCUUGCAGUACCUUAUGGAACGAAUUGACGAGGUCGGGACUUCAGACAUGACGAAGGCAAAGAUACUUCUGAGGAUGUUUAAACUUUCGUUUAUGGCUGUGACCCUAUUCUCUGUGCAAAACGAGCAGGUCCUCCAUCCGCAUGUGACGAAAAUUGUAACCAAGUGCAUUGAGCUUUCAGUCACAGCCGAGGAGCCAAUGAACUAUUUCCUUCUUUUGAGGUCUCUCUUCAGAAGCAUUGGUGGGGGCCGAUUUGAGCUCCUGUACAAAGAGAUCCUCCCCCUUCUAGAGAUGCUUCUCGAAACAUUCAAUAACUUAUUGCUUGCAGCCCGCAAGCCGCAAGAACGGGAUCUCUACGUGGAACUGACUCUCACUGUUCCUGCCCGGCUGAGCCAUCUUCUCCCUCACCUCAGCUAUCUAAUGCGCCCAAUCGUGGUCGCCUUGCGUGCCGAUUCUGAUCUUGUCGGCCAAGGUUUGCGCACUCUUGAACUCUGCGUGGACAACCUCACAGCGGACUAUCUCGAUCCAAUCAUGGGUCCAAUAAUGGAUGAGCUGAUGACUGCUCUUUGGGAUCACUUGCGCCCAUCUCCUUACAACCACUUCCACGCACACACUACCAUGCGGAUCCUGGGAAAACUUGGCGGACGGAAUCGGAAGUUCCUCAACCACCCGCCAGAAUUGUCGUUCCAGCAGUUUUCUGAUGAUAACCCAAGCUUCGAUAUCAGGUUGAUCGGCCCGAACGAGAAGCGGCCUUUCCCUGUAGAUAUUGGAAUAGAUCUUGCUGCCGGUAAACUCAUGGAGGUCCCCAAAACGGACUCCGAGAAAGCUUCGGACAUCUACUACAAGCAGCAAGCCUACCGCAUGCUAAGCUCCCACCUCAAGCUGCAAAUUGGUUACGACAACAUCCCCGAGGACAUGGCAAUCUUGAUCAGACUCCAUGCCAAUGAUCUAUUUGAGAAUAAGCCGGGUGCUAUGGCAGAUAUCCUUGACAAGUCUGAAAGGUCGGCCUCUAUUCCGAAGAAGAUUGCGCAGGAAGCAACAGUGAAGAAGCUGAUCAAGGCUUGUAUAUUUGCCACGACUAUCCCUGAGCUCGAACAAACCGCCACGGCCUUUGUGGCGGAUGUUUGCAAGCACUUUACUCUUGUAGAGGUCGGUCGUGCCCUGGCCCAAGUCAGACACGGCCGCAAAGCUUUUGACGUUGCAAACGGGGAAGGACCUGUGUAUCUCGAUUCCAGGAUUCUCGCCGAGGCUUUAGUCGAGUGUUUGUCAUCCGAUGAGGUACACGUCCGAGAAGCAGCCGAGCAAGCAAUGGUUGUCGUGAAGGAUGCCGCGGGCGUCAUCUUCGGAUCACCCGACAAAGCAGCCAAACUUCCGUUCUUCGUGCAUCUGGGCCGCGUCUUCUGCCACAGCUGCUAUAGCGAAGAGUGGUUCACCAAAGCCGGUGGCAGCCUGGGAAUCAGCCUGCUCGCAACCAAGCUGGACUUGGGAGAUACCUGGCUCUAUGAGCGACAUGUUGAGUUUUGUCGGGCUUUGAUGUAUGUUAUCAAGGACACGCCCGCGGAUCUCCCUGCUGCUACGCGGCUUCAGUCACAAGAGACAAUGACCUUAAUGCUGCGACGAUGUGGCAAGCUCAUCCCGAAAGAGGAUUUGAAGAACGAGAAGAGCCGCUUAUUUGCGCUGUGUGGCUUCUUCGUCUUUGAGCUCGCCCACAUGAACAAACAUGUCCGGGAGACUGCUCGUCGUUGCUUUACCACAUUGAAGGAUGUUCUCGGCUGUGAGGUGCACGAGCUUAUUUUCCCAGUCAGAGAUCGUCUCUUGCAGUCGAUCUUCAACAAGCCUCUGCGUGCUUUACCUUUCCCAACACAGAUCGGUUUCAUCGAUGCUAUCACGUACUGCCUCGGCCUCCACAACGAUAUCGUCACCUUCAAUGAACCGCUGAACCGUUUGAUGCUGGAAUCUCUCGCGCUCGCUGACGCUGAUGAUGAAUCCCUAGCCUCCAAGCCAAACGAGUUCAAGACUGCAGAUAUGAUUGUGAACCUCCGUGUUGCUUGUCUUCGUCUCUUGUCUAUGGCAAUGAGCUUCUCCGAGUUCGCCAACACGCCACAAAACACGAGCAGGGCUCGCAUAAUUUCCGUCUUCUUCAAGUCGCUCUACUCAAAGUCACAGGAGGUGAUCGAAGCCGCGAAUGCUGGUCUUCGUGAUGUUCUCACCCAAACCAACAAGCUUCCUAAGGACCUGUUGCAGAAUGGACUGCGCCCUAUCCUCAUGAACCUCCAGGAUCCCAAGCGCCUCAGUGUUGCUGGUUUGGAUGGUCUUGCUCGUCUUUUGACACUGCUGACCAACUAUUUCAAAGUCGAAAUCGGCGCUCGUCUGCUUGAUCAUAUGAAAGUCAUCGCGGAUGAUGCCGUACUGCAGAAGGUGUCUUUCAGUCUUGUUGAGCAAAACCCGGCCAUGAAAAUAGUCGCUGCGAUCUUCAAUAUUUUCCAUCUCCUUCCACCGGCCGCCACUUCUUUCAUGGAGCACCUUGUCAACAAGGUCUUGGAUCUCGAACUGAAGCUUCGAAGAACCUCCCACAGUCCAUUCCGCAAGCCGCUUGUGAAGUAUCUCAAUCGCUACCCUAAAGAGAGUCUUGCAUUCUUCUUUGCGCGCUUCAACGAUGAGCGAUUUGGACGAUUCUUCGGACAGAUCCUGGCUGACCCCGAGAGUGAAGGACUACGGAACGCCAUCGUCGCUGACACGGAUGGCUUCUCCGCCGCUGCCUUUGGUCAGGACGCUACCGACGGCAUGAACACUGCUGCUAUCAACGGAGUCUAUGUCGCACACUCCCUCUGUGCCUACAGUUCAACCAAGCGCUGGUUGGUCUCGCACGCAGAGAUGAGAACCAAGCUCCUGACUUCCGGCAGAGACCUGGAGAGGAAGCUCCGUGGCGACAGUCUGCCGGCUGAUGAACGACUCCGAGUGGAGCAAGCCGAAGACCAACUGAUGGAUAUCUUCACCAUGUACUUGGCGGAGGCCACCCAUGAUCUGGACUUCUUGUUCGAAGUGAUCGACGGACUCUCUGCCGAUGAGUUGAAACGCACGCUUGCGCUUCCAAAGUUCAUCUACAAGAGCAUCAUCUCCAAUGAAUCCAUUGAUUACCGGCGGUCUGUUAUCAUGCGCUGUCUCGACCUCUAUGGCCAGAAGAGCUGCCCGCAGAAGACCAAGACGUAUGCCUUCCGCCACCUGGUCAACCCAAUCUUUGCCAUGGACGUCCAGGUCACUUGGAAUAGCCCUCCAAACACACCCAAGUUGAUGGAUAAGAGCAUGACCGAGUCUAUCCAGAGUCGUUUGUGGAAGCCUCAGCUGGCUGAUCUGAGCGAGGAGUCCAAUCAAGCUGGCGUCGACCACUCACGCAUGGAGUUGCUACAGCUGUCUGCUUUGUUGAUCAAGUAUCAUUCACAAACGGUGCAGGAUUCCCGCAAAGACAUCAUCAAGUUUGCCUGGAACUACAUCCGACUCGAAGAUAUUAUCAACAAGUAUGGUGCCUACGUUUUGAUCAGUUACUUCAUUGCGCACUACGAGACCCCAUUCAAGAUUGUGAUCCAGGUCUAUGUCGCACUGCUGAGGGCCCACCAGAAUGAAGGGAGAGCCCUUGUCACGCAGGCUCUCGAUGUCCUGGCUCCUGUCCUCCCCACACGGACAGCCAACAGCUCUGGAGCAGAGGCACGGUACCCCUUGUGGGCCAAAUGGCCCCGUCGUAUCCUAGCUGAGGAAACUGCCAACCUUCAGCAGGUCAUGAGUAUCUUCCAGUUCUUGGUUCGACAGCCUGAUCUCUUCUACGAAUCAAGGGAGCACUUUGUGCCUCUCAUUGUUCCAUCCUUGGUCAAGAUUACCGGCCCACCAAACACCUCCAAUGACAGCAAGAAGCUCGCAUUGAACUUGAUUAGCUUGAUUUGGCACUGGGAAGAAAAGCGGGCUCACAAUGCCGAGGCCAGCCACUUGGCCAACGGGACAUCCGAGUCUCCAGUUGCCAGGAAACGCAAGCUGGACGAAGCUCAAGAGCCAUCGCCGUCCCCCGCUCUUGGUCCCCCCAGUAGCCGCGAACGAUCGGACUACACUGUGCCUACCGAUUUGCGUGCGUCAUUGAUCAAGUACCUCAUUACGUUCAUCACCACAAUCCCCGAACGCUUCCUGGUCCCAGCUGCGCAGAUUCGUCAAAUUCCCACAACAAAGCAGCAAAACCCUGUGGCCACUGGCGAAAUGAUCAACAAAGCUAUUAACCUGCUUCGCAGCCUCCUCUCUCCCGAGUACUGGGGCGAUCUAGACAUUGAUCUCUACCAAAAGGUGACUGAGCCAAUCCUAGUCGGUGACAAGGGUGAUAAAGUCGAGGAUAAAAUCACCUACAUAGUCAACACACUGCAGGUCGUCAGGGUGCUUAUCGCGGCCAAACCCAAUGAGUGGAUUGCCGCUCGCCUUCCUACCAUCCAGAAGCUUCUUGAGAAGCCCUUGAAGUCAGACAACCCGGAGAUUCAGGAUUGUCUACAUGGACUGGAAGACGACAUGGAUGUUUUGCACAAGCUGCCGCCUCCUGUUCGCCGCGUUCUCGAGGCCAUUCCAGAUGAACAGCCUGAUGAUGAGGAUGCUAUGGACACGGAAGGUACGCCUUCGGAGUUCGGCUCAUAUCUGUCUGCCAUCGCUACCGAGACACUUUCUGCCAGCAACUACGUCUCAAGCUUGAACAUACUGUGGACGCUCUCCAAGAUCAAGCCCGCUGAGAUCGAUGCCCACAUCCCCGCGGUGAUGAAGGCCUUCUCUACAAAGCUCGCCAAGGAGCAUGUUGCUGCUUCAACACAGAAUGGCGCCCAGCUGACGAACGGUACUAAGCCUGCCGAAGGUGCUCCAACUACUGAUCAGCAAGAGUUUGAGAUUGGAGUUGAUCUCAUCCUCAAGACUAUUGAGCUCAUCUCCGUUAGAAUGUCUCAUCUUGGAGACCAGCGUCGUCCAUUCUUGAGCGUUCUCGCACAGAUUGUUGAGCGCUCACAAAAUAUCGAGCUGUGCAGCAAGAUUUUGGGCAUGGCGGAAUCGUGGAUCUUCCAUUCCACCGAGUCAUGGCCCACCCUGAAGGAGAAGACGGCUGUUCUGCAUAAGAUGCUGCUUUUCGAAUCUCGACCUAAUCAGACAAUGUUGAAGAAGUUCCUUGAUCUUGUUAUUCGGAUUUACGAAGAUUCAAAGAUCACUCGGACUGAGUUGACAGUCCGUCUGGAGCAUGCUUUCCUGAUUGGCACAAGAGCCCAAGACGUCGAAAUGCGGAACCGCUUCAUGCAAAUCUUCGAUAAGAGUUUGACUCGCCUUGCCAGCUCGCGUCUCAGCUAUGUCCUCACAUGCCAGAACUGGGAUACUCUUGCUGACUCCUUCUGGCUGGCCCAAGCAUCGCACUUGGUGCUUGGAUGUGUGGAUAUGACCACCACAGCCCGCUUGCACCCAGAAGACUUCACCCUGUUCCCCGUGUCGUUCCUCUUCGGCAGCGGCGAAAAGGAUCCGAGGAAGGCCGACAUUAUGGUUGACAACCAGCUGGAGACUUUCGUCGCAGAGCGGAGGCGAUUCAUGUCGGAUAUCGGUGAUGUCAGAGUUCGGGAUCUGAUCGAGCCUUUAUGUCAACUUCAACACACCGAUUCGAAUGUUGCCUACCAGCUGUGGACUACCAUCUUCCCUCUCUUCUGGUCCACACUAUCCAAUAAAGACUGUCUUGAUCUCGAGAAGGACAUGGUCACAUUGCUCACUCGUGAGUACCACCACAGACAACUGGACAAGCGGCCCAACGUCGUGCAAGCUCUCCUGGAGGGUACUGUGCGUGCUAGUCCCCGGUUCAAGAUUCCUCCACAUGUUAUCAAGUAUCUCAGCCGCACCUACGACGCAUGGUACACUGCUGCGACCUACCUUGAACAAUCCGCCAUUAAUCCGAUCAUUGACACGCCCACUGUACGCGAAAGCAAUCUCGAUGCUCUCGUUGAGGUUUACGCAGGCCUCCAAGAAGAUGACUUCUUCUACGGAACCUGGCGCCGCCGUUGCAAGUUUGUGGAAACUAACGCCGCGCUUUCGUAUGAGCAACAAGGAAUGUGGGACAAGUCUCAGCAACUCUAUGAGAACGCCCAAAUCAAGGCCCGUUCCGGUGCCAUGCCAUUCUCGCAGGGCGAAUACUUUGUAUGGGAGGAUCAUUGGCUGAUCUGCGCCCAGAAACUCCAGCAAUGGGAGAUUCUAAGCGACUUCGCCAAGCAUGAGAACCUCAACGAUCUCUUGCUGGAGGCUGCUUGGAGAAACAUCGAGAACUGGCAGAGCGAAGGUAACCGCGAGCAGCUUGAGUCGUUGAUCAAGUCUGUAUCCGAUGCUCCGACUCCCAGACGCACCUUCUUCCAGGCCUUCAUGGCCCUUCUCCAAUACCACACGAAGAAGGACAAUAUUCAAGACUUCAACAGUGUUUGCGAUGAGUCUAUCCAGCUCUCUAUUCGCAAGUGGCUUCAGUUGCCGAAGCGCAUCACCAAUGCUCAUAUUCCCAUCCUGCAGCAUUUCCAACUCCUGGUUGAGCUGCACGAUGCAAGCCACAUCUGUAGUAGCUUAGCUCAGACAAACGAACGAAACUUGGAUACCAAAUCUGCCGAGCUCAAGCUGCUUCUCGGAACCUGGAGAGAUCGUCUGCCUAAUCUCUGGGAUGACAUCAACACGUGGCAAGACCUCGUCACCUGGCGUCAACACAUCUUCCAGCUCAUCAACGGCACCUACCUCAGUCUUUUACCCCCACAGACGAAUAAUGUGGCCAGCAACUCUUACGCCUAUCGCGGAUACCAUGAAACGGCCUGGAUCAUCAACCGAUUCGCCCACGUAGCUCGAAAGCACCAGAUGCCAGAGGUCUGCAUUAACCAACUGAGCCGUAUCUAUACCCUUCCCAACAUCGAAAUCCAAGAAGCCUUCCUCAAGCUUCGGGAGCAAGCGAAGUGCCACUACCAGAAUCCGAAGGAGCUGAACAGCGGGUUGGAUGUGAUCAACAACACUAACCUCAACUACUUCGGGCCGCAACAGAAGGCCGAAUUUUACACACUCAAGGGCAUGUUCCUCGCUAAGCUUGAUCAUGUCAAUGAGGCCAAUGAGGCGUUUGGAGUUGCUCUUUACUACGAUCUCCGCCUUGCUAAGGCCUGGUCUGAAUGGGGACAAUACAGUGAUCAGCGCUUCAAGGCUGAUCCCACUGACUACGAGCUGGCCAGCAAUGCCGUUAGUUGCUACCUAGAGGCUGCUGGUCUCUACAAGAGUGCGAAAUCCCGCAAACUGCUCAGCAGAAUUCUUUGGCUUCUCAGCCUGGACAACGACGAAGGAAAGAUUGCAAGUGCGUUCGAGAACUUCAAGGGAGACACGCCGGUGUGGUACUGGAUUACUUUCAUUCCUCAGCUCCUCACCAGCUUGUCCCACCGAGAGGCGCGCCUUUGCAAGGCUGUCCUAGUCAAAAUCGCAAAGCUGUACCCGCAGGCUCUCUUCUUCUUGCUUCGCACGAACAGAGAGGACAUGUUGAGCAUCAAGAAGCAGCAUGACCAGAAGCAGGAGAAGUUGAAUCGGGCCAGACAGCAGCAGCAAGGAUCCUCGCCAAGUACGAAGCCUAAUCCUGCUGGUGCCGAUAGCUCCCCUGCCCAGAAAGCCCAAGCUGCAACUGCAUCCCCAUCAGUUCCGCCUGCGAACUCACCUGCUACACAAAAUCCGGCUCUCGCCCAAACCCAGUCUCCUGCACAAGCACAAAACGCCGUGCAGGCAUCCCCACAGGCUGGUCAAACUCCGGGCCAAGCGCAGCAAAUUCAUCUGCAAGUGCCAGGUCAGACUGGAACACCACAACUGAACCAGGCUGCACCAGUGGAGGGCGAGAAGGAACCUCUGAAGAAACCAUGGGAGUACUCGGACGAAAUCAUGUCUGGACUCAAGACGGCCUUCCCAUUGCUUGCUCUGUCUAUGGAGACAAUGGUUGACCAGAUCCACAAGAACUUCAAGUGUCCCCCUGACGAGGAUGCUUACCGACUCAUCGUUGCUCUCUUGAACGAUGGCCUGGCCUACGUGGGUCGCAUGCCCGGAUCUUAUGCCCAAGACUUCAAGCUGCCUGCGGCAACAGAAGCCAACAUCACCAGAUUUGCGGAGACAAUUCUCCCAGCUCACAUUCGCAAGUCGUUUGAGGCUGACUUUGUGACCAAGAAGCCAACCAUGAACGAGUACAUCCAGAAGCUGCGGCGCUGGCGUGACAAGUUCGAGGAAAAGCUUGAUCGCAGAUCACAGCACACAUUCCUCGAGAACUCUUCGCCUCAUCUGAGUGAGUUCCGCUUCCUCAAGUUUGAUGAGGUCGAGGUUCCCGGCCAGUACCUACUCCACAAGGAUAAGAACCAAGACUUUGUCCGCAUCGACCGCUUCCUUCCCGAUGUGGAUCUCAUCCGUGGCAUUGGUGUCUGUCACCGCCGCUUGAAGAUCCGAGGACAUGAUGGCAGUGUACAAGCAUUUGCAGUUCAGCAUCCCGCUGCCCGUCACUGUAGGCGCGAAGAACGCAUUCUUCAGCUGUUCCGGAUUUUCAACGGUUUGCUGGCGAAACGCAAGGAGAGUCGCCGCCGCAACUUAUACUUCCACCUGCCGUUGAUGGUUCCUCUAGCUCCACACAUUCGUUUAGUGCGCGAUGAUUCCUCCUACAUCUCCAUGCAGGGAAUUUAUGAGGAUUACUGCCGUCGCAAGGGCAUCAACAAGGAUGACCCUGUGCUCUUCACAAUGGACAAGAUGCGGUCGUUGGCAGAAACCAAGCAGAAUCGCACGCCCGAUCAGCAACAAGUCCUUCGCACGGAAAUCCUGACUGCCAUUCAAGACAAAUGGGUCCCUAGUACCGUGGUGUUGGAAUACUGCCAGCAGACAUACCCGAAUUUCUCGGACUUCUGGCUCUUCCGUCGUCAAUUUGCCUACCAGUACGCAGCAAUCGCUUUCAUGACCUACGUCAUGCACAUCGGCAACCGAUACCCGAACAAAAUUAUGAUCUCUCGUUCAACAGGUGAUAUCUGGGGUGCCGAAUUGAUCCCCACCAUCAACCCAGCCAAGGCGUUCUUCUACAACCCCGAGCAAGUCCCCUUCCGGUUCACACCAAACAUCCAGACUCUUCUGGGUCCCAUUGCGACGGAGGGUGUGUUCGCCUGUGCCAUGAUGGCAAUCGCCCGCUGCUUGACGGAGCCACGACACGAGUUGGAGCAACAACUUAGCGUCUUCGUUCGCGACGAGAUGAUGUUCUGGGCUACGGCUCAUCACCGCGGUGUCCUGCCCCCUGGACAACUCCGCGACCUGGUCUACAACAACAGUGAAAUCAUCGUCAACCGUGCUGUCAGUCUUGCCAGCCCACCCGAGGGUAACUUGCCUGCCAAUCAGACUACCAUUGACUUGAUCUCCAAGGCUGUCAACCCUCAGCAUCUGGCCUCGUGCGAUGCGUUGUGGAUGCCGUAUCUGUGA